AUUGCAUGAUUCGAUACUAUUUUAUAAUCAGUUCUAGUUUGUUUAGGGUGCAAUGUGGAUUAUUGCAGAGCAGGAGUGAUAACUUUGAGAGCACUGAAAGGAUCUGUCCUUCAGAGUCAAGCCCUGUGUGAGUUUCUUUCCAGGCUAAUUUCAAUAUUAGUAUGGCUUCUUCAUGACAAUAUUACAAAAAUAUUAUCGGAAAAUCAAAUUUAUAAAUCAGCCAGCAAAAUACCAAGGGACAAAUUACAUUUACUGCAGUGGUGUUGGCUAAUUUUUUUUCUUUAGUCAGCAGUUUUUUCUUGAAAUGAAACAUUACCUCACCAGGCCACAGUUACAAUCACAUCCAUCUCAGUACAGAUGUUGGCUUUUUAUUACCAACAAAAUGAACAGCUGUGGAUUCAUUGCAGUCAGGAAACAUUUCUUGUCAUGCAAUUACAAAAUUUUGUCCCCUACAACAAGGUCUCAACACUUUGCUGUAAAUAUAACAACCAACAGUUUGUUUCUUUUGGGUACAAUUUUAAGGGGGUAGUGGUGUUUCUGAUGGGUUGUGGAGAAGGGAAAAAAAAAACACAUUUCUGUUACACAAAUUAUUUGUUUAUUUUAUUUAUUUUAAUGGCUUCUUUAUUGAGAAUUUCUGGAUAUUUUUGCCUCUUCCAGCCUGUAGUUAUUCAAAGAACAAAAAAAUCUAAAAAGCAAGACUCAGCCCUUAGUUGAACUGGUCACAGCCUUUUAACCCAUGCAAACUGAGAGAAGUGGUGCAAAGUAGACGUACCUUUGUUUUAAGGGUUUGCAUGUCAAAAAAAGAUUGGGAACUACUGUGACAGAUUAUGGCACAUGGGGGUGUGACACUUUAAGCAGUAUACAAUUAUUAAAUGUUGAUAUACUGCUAAAAAACCAAAGGUUAAAUAGGAUCACUUGAUCUCCAGCUCAUCAGUACAGGGUUUUGCUUACGGUGUACGGGAGGUAGUGUAACACUGCCACCUGGCGGUUACAUGGAGCACUUACGGCGGGGGGCACGGCAGGCCAGAGAAGGAAUCGAAGGAAAAGGGCGGAGGAAAGGGAGCUACCGAGGGGAUUGAGAAAAUGACAAACCACAGUGACUUUUUGCGGCGGGAUAAAUUGCAUUAUUUAAUUUCCAUCUCUUAGGACUUUACAGACACAUGAAGCUACUCUGUCUACGGUGAACGGCAUAUGGCUAUAAGCCCUCUCUUAUUUCUAUUUCCCACUCUUUCUCCCCCACAGGUGACUGCCUGUUUGCUCAGAUUGUAGCACAGAACGUGUCCUUUCAGAAGUCUUUGUCAGGGCCAAGCAGGCGGUUGGGCGACAGGGAGUUGUGGGGGCCAUGCUACAGGGGUGAGGGGGGUCUGCAGUGUGGGAGAACGCACAUCGUCGGAUGAGGAGGGAUUCAGGGUCGGUCGGUGUGGAGAUGAAGCUCAAACAGCGCUUGGUGGUGCUGUGUGCCGUGCUGCUCCUGCUGGGCCUGGCCAAGAUCUUCCUCCUGGAUGGAGGUGAAGGAUCUGCAGCCAGCCGACGGGACCUCAGAGCAUUUCGUAAGAUGGAAGCCGGCCUUUCCCUGUCCCGUGGAGCUCGCCUCACCCACACCCUCCAGUCUCCAUGGGAGAUAGCAAGCCAGUGGGUGGGCCCCAGAGAGGUGUACCCUGAGGAGACUCCAGAGCUUGCUGCUGUGCUCACUGCCCUCAGCACUGCCAGGAUAGAACGGGCAGAUGUGGGCUAUAAGGGCACUCAGCUCAAAGCCCUGCUGGUGCUGGACGGCGGACAGAAAGUGGUCUUCAAACCCAAAAGAUAUAACAGAGACUAUGUUGUUGAAGGCGAGCCAUACGCGGGCUAUGACAGGCACAACGCAGAGGUGGCGGCUUUUCACUUGGAUAGAAUCCUGGGUUUCAGGAGAGCACCUCUUGUGGUGGGGCGAUACGUCAACCUGCGGACAGAGAUUAAACCCGUGGCCACAGACCAGCUGCUGAGCACCUUCCUCAUGCAAGUUAAUAAUACAUGUUUCUAUGGAAAGUGUUAUUACUGUCGGGAGAGUGAGCCAGCGUGUGCAGAGGGAGAGAUAAUGGAGGGAUCCCUAACCCUUUGGCUGCCCGACGUCUGGCCCUUGCAGAAACAUAGACACCCCUGGGGACGCACGUACAGAGAGGGGAAACUGGCCAGGUGGGAGUACGAUGAGAGUUACUGCGAGGCGGUGAAGAAAAUGCCCCCUUACGAUGCAGGGCCAAGGCUGCUAGAUGUCAUAGACACAGCCAUAUUUGAUUAUCUCAUUGGGAACGCUGAUAGACAUCACUACGAGAGUUUCCAGGACGAUGGUGGCGCCAGCAUGCUCAUCCUGCUCGACAACGCAAAGAGUUUGUGUUGGCACUUUCAGGCAUGCUCAUCUUUUUCAAGAACUCACUUAUUGCCACUGAAACUACUUUAAAGCUGACUCAUGGGAACAGCCACUUCCAUGAAGCGAGGACAUUGAACCGUUAAUCCUUCUUUGAAAUUAUUUUGUUUUUUUAUGAUCAAAACAAUGGAAAAUUUUCUCUCUGCAUGAUGGUUGUUUUUCAAACUGAACUACUGAUUGUAUC